AUGCUAGAAAACCAGAUAAUUAAAUCACCAAAUGAAAAUUUUAAAGAAAGAUAUUUUAUUCUGAAAAAUUUAUUAGGAACAGGAGUUGAAGGAGAAGUAUAUGAAGCCAAAGCAGAAAAUUAAUCAUUCUAUAACUCUAAUGUUGCCAUAAAAAUAUUUAAUUAAAUUAAAGAGACAGAAGAAGAAUUUAUUGAUUGGAUAAUUGAAUAUUAGAGAAACUAUGAAAAAAUUUAAACAUCUUUUCUUGUAAAAACUUAUGAAAAAUUUACUUAUAAUUCUAAAACUUGUGUUGUAAUGGAAUUAGGAUGCAUUUCUUUAAAGGAGUAUUUAAAUUCUAAUAAUAUUAUGAGAUAUUAUGAAAAGGAGUAAAUAUGCCUUAAAGUAUUUUAUGUUCAUUAUUUUAGAUAUCAAAAUCAGUAUAAUUUCUUCAUUCAUAUAAUUAUUUUCAUAGAGAUAUAAAACCAGAUAAUUAUGUUAAAAUUGGAGAUUAAUAUCGACUGACUGAUUUUGGUAUGCUUAAAGCAAUUAAAUUUUAAUUUAAAAGAUAAACAGUCGGAGUUGGUACACUUUAAUAUUAAGCACCGGAAACUACCAGUGAGAUAUAUUCAUAGCCUGCUGAUAUUUGGUCUCUUGGUUGCCUAUUUUAUGAAAUAUUUUCAGGGGAGCAAUUAUUUUCAGGUAUUAUUUUUAAUAUUAUCAUAGGAAAAAAAAAAACUAUAUCAUCUUUAAAGGAAGAGUUAAAAUAAAAUAAUUAAGAAAAUUAAUUAACUUAAAAGAUAAAGUAAAUCAAAUGGUUUUAAUGGUCUAAUUUAAUCUUGAACAUGCUUAAUCCUAAUCCUGAUUAUAGACCGAAAAUAAAUGAUAUAGUAGAAUAGAUUUUAUCAUUUUAAUAAAAUAAAAUUUUGUAGGCUCCUACACUAAAGAAUCCAAACAGAUAAUUUUCACUUCAACAAAAUCUUGCUUAAAGAGAUUUGUAUUAAGCGUAAGAUAUAAAUUAAAAUGAUUAUUAAAAUAUAAUUAACAUAGCAAUUUAUCAAGAUAAGAGCAUACAAUAGGAGGCUAUAGAUUGGUUGAUAAGCUAAUUUGAUAUAUUUUUAAGUGAACUUUCACCCCAUAUUUCAGUCUAUGAAUAAUUUAUAAUAGAUGAUAAAAUCUAUAUUAUAAUGGAAUCAGAUUGGAUUUCCUUAAAAGAUUAUCUUAAUAUUAAUCUUGAUUUAAAUUUUUCAGAAAAAGAAACUAUACUUUUGGAUGUAUUUUACUAAUUAUAUUAAUAGAUUACCAAGUCUAUCUAGUAUUUUCAUUAAAAUAAUUAUUGUCAUUCUGAUAUUCGUAUAGAAAAUUAUUGUAUAAUCAAUAAAUAAUGUAAAUUGAAUGAAUUUGGAUCAAUAAAAAAAUUGAACCAUUAUUAAUCAAAAUUUGGUACCUUAUAAAAAUAGGGUUAUAAUUAUAAUGAUGCAAAAUAUAUAGAUAUUUAUUGUUUAGCAUGCCUCUUUUAUGAAAUAAUUUAGGGAGAAAAAUUAUUUAAUUUAUAAAAAUACAAUUAAAAUGAUUAUGAAUUAAUCUAAUAAAGUAUCAAUAAUUUUAAAAAGGAUAAUUAAAAGUAUAUUACUUAAAUUAAAAAUAUUGAACAAAAAAAAUGGUAAAAUAUAAUAUUAUAUAUAUUAAAUAAUGUUUUUAUAAUUGAAUUAGAUAUAAAUUAGAUUUUAAAUUUGGUUUAAAGUGAAGAUUAAUUAGAUGAUAUAGAAUAAAAAUUAUCAUAAAUUUAAACUAAUCAGUUGAAAGAUCCAAUAAUUUAGAAUCUUGAGCAUUAAUUUAUUUUAAGUGAACUAUUAUAAAAUGGAACAGAAUUAAAAAUCUAUCAAGCUAAACCUAUUAAUACACAAAUUUAUUAAACAGAUGUAGCUAUAAAAAUUCAAUCGAAAUUUACAGAUCUUGAAUUGAAAUUUAUAGAUUAUUUAAUAGAAUAUUAGAAACAAUAAUAAAACAAAAUCCUUAGUAUUAUUAGUGUUUAUGAAAGAUUUCAAUGGUAGAAAAACUAAAUUAUAAUUAUGGAACUUGGAACUAAUUAUUUAAACUAAGUAUUGGAGACUUAAUAAUAAUUAUCAGCACUUUAAAAAAUAUAAAUUUGUUAAUAAGUAUCUAUAAAUUUAAAUGAGUUAGAUAACUGAAUAAAUUUAAUUUUUGCAUUAAAUGGGAAUUAUUCAUCGGAAUAUAAGUCCAGAAAACUUUAUUUAAAUAGGAAAUAUAUUCAAAUUAAUUGAAUUUGGAUCUAUCAAAUAACAAUAAGAUAAUCUAAAUCUUAAUAAUAUGGUUGGAAAUCCAUAUUAUUAAGCUCCUGAGAUUAUUAUGAAAUCGGGUGGAUAUUCAUUUUCUAUUGAUAUUUGGUAAUUAGGAUGUCUUUUUUAUGAAAUAUUCAAAGGAACACCUUUAUUUUAUGGUAUUCAAUCAAUUAUAUAAUUAAGCUGAUUAUGUAGAUUAGCUCAAUUAAAAAAUUCUUAAUUAUUAUAAAAAUUAAUAAUUUAUUCACUCUCAAAUCGAUUAAUUAUAAAUUGGAUAAAAAAUACAAAAUUUAAUUAAAAAUAUGCUUGAUCCAAAUCCAUUAAAUAGACCAAAGAUAAAUCAAAUAACAGAUGAAUUAGCUAUUGAGCUUAAUAAUUUUUAAUAAAACAAAAACAACUUCAAUGAAUAAGAUGAUAUUAAAAAAUAAAUUGUAAAUUUAUUAAUCUAGUCAUCUAAAUUUUAAAAUAGUUCUAACAACAAAGAAGUAUAUGUAUUUUUGGAGAGGAAAACAGAAGACUUUUUAUAAGAACUUACAAAUGAGAUAAAAAAAAAUUGA